AGUUUGCAGCAAAACAAAGGGAAAACGCAAACACAGCAAACUACACGGAUACUAAACAGCUAAAAAACUCAGCCUUCUCAGGUGAUCACCGGAGGAAACUAAAGAUGGUGCCCGCGGCGACAUCCAGCCACUUCAGCAGCGUGUUCGCCUCCUUCGACAAGGACGCCGACGGCAAGAUCUCGGCAGCUGAGCUGCGGCUGUGCAUGAAGGCAGCACUGGGCGAGGACGUGUCGGCAGAGGACGCCGAGGCGCUUGUCGCGUCCGCUGACACCGACGGCGACCGGCUGCUGGACGAGGAUGAGUUUCUCAGGCUGGUCGACACAGAGUCAGAGAAGGAGGCCGACAACGUAGACCGAUUCAGCGGGCUGAGGGAGGCGUUCGGGAUGUACGAGGUGAAGGGCGAAGGCUGCAUCACGCCGGCGAGCCUGAUGCUCAUGCUCGACAGGCUAGGCUCACACCAGGGCAUCGACGAGUGCCGGGCCAUGAUCCAAAGGUUUGAUCUGAAUGGAGAUGGGGUGGUUUGCUUCGACGAGUUCAAGGUUAUGAUGGAUGCGUAGUAGUUAAAUUGAUUUGAAUGUGAUGAACUUUUUGU